AUGAAGAAUUCAUUGUUGCUUUAUCUAGCCGCCUCGACGUCGGCUGCUGUUACACCUCGCGAUCCUUCCACUUCGGAAUCGACAGACUUUACUGCUCUGAGCCUUUUCUGGGACUAUGGCAGAUCGCCUCCAGUGUAUCCUUCUCCCAAGGGAGUAGGGACCUCGGAGGGCUGGGCCGAUGCCUACAAGGCAGCCGCCAGCAUGGUUGCCAAGAUGACCAACGAGGAAAAGGCUAACAUCACGACGGGGGCAACGCACCCGAAUAAUGGUUGCGCUGGCUGGGCUCCCCCUGUUGAGCGAGUUGGCUUCCCUGGCAUGUGUAUGCAGGGAUCGGGCUCUGGUCUCCGUCCUACGGAACUCGUCACGUCCUACGCUGCUCCAAUCUCCAUUGCGGCUUCUUGGAAUGACGAUUUGGCCUUCCGCACUGGUUUCCACCGCGGGCUUGAGUACGAGGCCAAGGGUGUGAACGUUGCUCUGGAGCCGGUCUGUGGACCCGUCGGACGCAUCGCCGAGAACGGUCGCAACUGGGAAGGCUAUGGCUCCGACCCCUACCUGGCCGGACAGAUGAACUAUCAGACCAUCAAAGGGAUUCAAAACAGAGGCACCGUGUCUGCUUGUGUCAAACACUUUAUCGCGUACGAGCAAGAGACAAAUCGGUUUCCAAUCGGACACAACGAGUCUGUAUCAUCGAACGUCGAUGACCAGACCAUGCACGAGCUGUACCUUUGGCCUUUUAUGGACGCUAUGAAGGCCGAGUCUGGCAGUGUGAUGUGCUCCUACAACCGCAUCAACAACUCUUAUGCCUGCCAGAAUAGUAAGACCAUGAACGGCCUGCUCAAGACGGAGCUAGGCUUUGAGGGUUUUGUCAUAUCGGAUUGGGAAGCCCUGCACGCUGGCUACGAGGCAGCCGAUGCCGGUCUCGAUAUGGUCAUGCCCAGUAGCGGCGGCUUCUGGGGCACCAACCUGUCUCUGGCCGUCACAAACGGAUCCUUCUCCCAGGAGCGUCUCGACGACAUGGCGACGCGUAUCGUGGCCGUCUGGAACAAAUUUGGCUCUAUCCCGAACCCCGGCCACGGGGACCCGCCCACUGUUGACUGGUCGCUACCUCAUAAUCACACUAAUGCCAUGAGCCACGCCUCGCAAGACACUGUCUUCCAAGGAGCUCUUGAAGGACAUGUGCUUGUUAAAAACGUCAACAACGCGCUGCCCUUGAAAAAUCCCACGGUUCUGUCCCUCUACGGAUACGAUGCGAUUCCUCCCGCUGUGGUUGAUCCUGCUAGUGGCGUGAAGUGGCUAUUCGGAUACGAGAGCAUUAACUCCAGCGAGACCGUGGCACAACUCUACAUUAGCGGGUACUGGAGCAACGGGACAAACAUCUGGCCUAACGGGCCCAGGGCAGGCUACGAGGGAACUCUCAUUACUGGCGGAGGGUCUAGCACGUCAAACCCUCCAUGGAUUGUGUCUCCCUAUGCUGCGUUUGCCCAACAGGCCCGCGAGGAUCUCACCAUGCUCUCGUGGAAUUUCAAGGACCAGGACCCCGGCGUCAUGGGUGGCAGCGAUGCGUGCAUCGUCUUCAUCAAUGAGUUCGCUUCUGAGGGCUUCGACCGCAGUGGGCUGGCAGAUCCUUGGUCUGACGAGCUUGUCCGCAAUGUCGCCAGCAAGUGCGACAACACGAUGGUUGUGAUUCAUAACGCAGGCAUUCGAGUCGUCGAUGCAUGGAUUGAUCAUCCCAACAUCACCGCUGUCAUUUUGGCUCACUUGCCUGGUCAGGAAGCGGGCAAAACCUUGGUAGACCUCAUGUAUGGCAAGACUUCACCGUCUGGAAGACUACCGUACACCAUUCCUAAAAAGGAGUCUGAUUUCGGCCAUCUGCUCGAGCCCACCCAUGCCGACGGUAGCAGCCAAUAUCACACUCAAGCCAACUUUACCGAAGGUGUUUACAUUGACUACAAGCACUUCAUCAAGAACAACAUCGCCCCACGCUACGAGUUUGGAUAUGGUCUCACCUAUUCCAGCUUCACCUAUAGUAACAUGGAGAUCACCCAUCGUGACGAUAUCGUCCCAUCCUUUGUGGACGCCUACAAGGGCACGGUGGAGACGGCAAACUCUAAAGACAAUGCCACAAGCGAUGAUACCACCGGCGAGCGUCUACCAUGGGGUGGCGCUGCUCCCCUCUGGGACAACGUCGCCGAGGUCACCAUGGAGGUCGCCAACGUCGGGGAAAUGGCAGCGGCCGAAGUCGUCCAGCUGUACGUUGGUAUUCCAGGAGCUCCGGAGAAGCAGCUUCGCGGCUACAAGAAGAAGAUGCUAGAUGUAGGUCAAAAGGUGCAGCUCCAGUUCCAGCUCACGCGCAGAGAUCUUAGUGUGUGGAACUCAAAGAAGCAGGGCUGGGAUCUUCAGAGGGGAACCUACAAGAUUUACUUGGGUAGGAGUGUUUUGGACAUUCCUCUGGAGGGUCGGCUGGAGGUGAGAUAG